AUGGCGCGCUUGGCAACCUGCUUUCCGGCUUUGGAGCAACUGACAUUGGAUGACGACAAGGGCGUGGUUGUGGCAGCGCUCGGCUGCCUGCCAGACGGCGCGCUGCCAUCAGUGCGGCAAGUAGAGGGUGGCUACUACGAAGGCCUGGCGGAUGAGGAGCUGCAGCAACUAGUGCGGCUGUGCCCAAAGGUGGAGAGGGUCGUCAAGUGCGCUGUGACGGCCACAGCGGCUGUGCUCCCGCUGCUGGCGCCGUGGGGUGGCAGCCUGCAGAAGGUCUCCUGCACAACGAAUUUCGGCCGCACCCAGUGGGAGCCCCGGCAGAUUGCGGCCGCGUCGGCGGCGCUCACGUCCCUGACAAGGCUGCAGGACUUGGAGAUGGACUGCGGGGAGGGACGCGGCGCCAUCGUGCUGGCUGCCGCGCUGCCCGCGCUGACCUCCCUGACGCGCCUCAAUCUCGAGGACUGGAGCUUUGCGAGCCUCGCACUCGUGCUGCACUCCUGCGCGGCGAGCUGCAGCGCGCUGCGGGCGCUGCAGCUUGGCCGCAUGUGGUCGGAGGCGCGGGGCCACAAGGCGUGCCUGGACUGGAAAGAUCACGACUGGGCUGGCUUCCGCGGCCUUGAGCUGCCAGGCAUCACAAGCCUGACGCUCUGGACCAAGUAG